GCUGACUCUCGGCAUUGGAAGUUUGCCAUAUAGGUUUGGAGAUCAUCACAUUCCAGCUGUGCAUGUUCCUCCAGAUUUGAUGUUCCAACAUCGUGGAGCCUCUCAAACUUAUAACAUCCGAGACGCUGCAAUUGGGGAAGUGACAAGAUCAAGAUGCACUCUUUGGCUCUGAUAGGUCUGGUAGGCUGCGGUCUCGUCGCCAACGUUAUCCUCAGUAUAUACAAACACCUCUCAUCCCCUCUGCGCUCCAUUCCUGGACCAUUCAUCGCACGCUUUACAAAUUUUUGGUAUCUCUACCAACUGAGAGGAGGAAAUUUUGAAGUUGUCAACCAAAGGCUACAUGAGAAAUACGGUCCGAUUGUCCGCUACGGACCAAACAGGUACAGUUUUGCAACCCUCGAUGCUGGCAAAGCAAUCUACGGCCACGGGACGUCUUUUCCAAAAUCAUCGUGGUACAAUAGCUGGAGGGACCCGGGGACAGGAGUCUGGACACUUUUUACAGAUCGAGACGUCAAGCGGCACGCUGGAAACCGGCGACUUUUCCAGAAUACAUACAGCAUGUCGUCGCUGGUUUCAUACGAACCGUACGUAGACGAGUGCGCAGAUCUGUUCAGCACACGGCUCACUGAGAUGGCGCAAGAUGGAGUCAAGGUCAAUAUGGGACACUGGCUACAAUGUUAUGCUUUUGAUGUGAUCGGGUCAAUUACAUAUUCCAAACGUCUGGGAUUUCUGGACCAAGGGGACGACGUCGGUGGCGUGAUCAAUGCACUCGAGAAUUUCCUCGGUUAUGCGACGCUCACUGGCGUUUACGCGCACUUGCAUCCAUAUCUGUUUGCACUGAAGAACUACAUGGCGGGAUCCAAGGGCGCGGGUCGCGCCUAUGUGCAGAACUUUACCAAAGAGUGCAUGGUUGAGCACCAAACGAAUCCCAAAGCGCUCAGCACCAAUGACAAGACCGAUUUCGAUCACGACGAGACGGAAGAUGUCUCCGGGAAGGCAACCGACUUUCUCACCAAGUUCUUUUCUCGCCACACUCGUGAUCCGGACACGUUCACUACUUACCACAUCGCGGUUGGAUGCGCUCAGAAUAUGGUGGCUGGGUCUGACACUACUGCGAUCUCGCUCUCAGCCAUCGUCUAUUACUUACUCAAGAAUCCGUCGUGCUUGCAGAAACUACGCGAUGAGAUCAGCGAGUUACAGGCCGAGGGCAAGGCCUCCGAGAAGUAUGUGACAUUCAAAGAGAGUCAGGAAAUGCCGUAUUUGCAGGCUACAAUAAAAGAAGCGCUCCGACUGCAUCCUGCCGCGGGCUUGCCACUGGAGAGAGUUGUCCCAGAAGGAGGCGCGACUAUUAGUGGGAGGUUUUUCCCCGAAGGCUCCAUCGUUGGCAUUAACUGCUGGAUCGAGCACCGUAACUCGCUCAUUUUUGGCUCAGAUGCCAAUGAAUUUCGCCCAGAGAGGUGGCUAACGGAGGAUUCUGAGAAGCUUGCCUUCAUGAACCGUCACUGGAUGCCUUUUGGCCUUGGUUCCCGGACGUGUAUUGGCCGUCACAUCUCCAUGUUGGAGAUUUCGAAACUUAUCCCGCGCCUGGUACAGACCUUUGAUUUCAGGCUUUCCGGUGAUUUAGCACGAUCUGAUGUGUCGUGGUCGACUGACAACUACUGGUUUGUGAAACCAAAAGACUUUCUGGUGGAAGCGAAGUUACGUUAGUAAUCAACAAAUAAGCUGUGAACGGCGUACAUGAAAGAAGGCAGCAUUUGAGACCAUGCUUCAUCGGAUACGAAGUCUGGAUGUUGAACUUCUUAAGUGCGGGUGACGGUUAGCCAGGGGUGUGACAGGUGUCUGGGA